AUGGGGUGGGGGAUUGGGGCGGGGAUGCGGGCGUGGAGUCUCUAUGGAUAUGAACUGGCAGGGUGUGGAGUGGUGUGGCGGACGGGAAAUCGCAUGACCUGGCUGGCUGGCCGUGGAGGAGCAUGACUAGUCCCCCACCCGCCCGGCCCGGUCGCCAUGGACAGCGCCGAGUUCCGCGUGAAGGGCAAGGAGAUGGUGGACUACAUCUGCGACUACCUGGACGGGCUGGGCUCGCGCCGCGUCACGCCCAACGUGGAGCCGGGCUACCUGCGCCGCCUGCUGCCCGGGGAGGCGCCACAGCAGCCCGAGGAGUGGGACUCCAUCAUGCGCGACGUGGACGACAAGAUCAUGCCCGGCGUCACCCACUGGCAGCAUCCGCGCUUCCACGCCUACUUCCCCUCCGGAAAUUCCUUCCCCUCCAUCCUGGGAGAUAUGCUCUCGGACGCCAUCGGCUGCAUCGGCUUCUCGUGGGCGGCGAGUCCAGCGCUGACAGAGCUGGAGACAAUCGUCUUGGAUUGGCUGGAUCACGUUCCUCUUCUCCUCGGUUUCCAUUACGUCGUGCCCAACAACGAAGAAGAAGAAAAAGAAGAAGAAGAAGAAGAAGAAGAAGAAGAAGAAGAAGAAGAAGAAGAAGAAGAAGAAGAAGAAACCUGGAGACGUCUGGCGCGAAGGAGCGGGAAGGCGAUCGGGCUGCCGGAGGAGUUCCUCACGUUCUCGGAGGGCAGCAAGGGCGGAGGGGUCAUCCAGUUGCGUUCUGCAGAUCCUUGUUGCUCAGACCGGACCAGAGCGUGCCAUCUCAACACAACAAUUGAAACAAAUUACAAACAGAUGCUACCAGAUAGCUCCAACAAUGAUCCUGCACUACGCGGACCAAGACAACGAGUGCACGCACGACGCACAGCGAAAUUUAUUCGGGCGCUAAUGGCCAGGGAAGGUGCAGCUUUAGACUCCUCUUGGAAACUCCAGUCGUCGAGCCUGGCGAACCAGAUAGGUCCAACAAUGAUGCUGCAGCACGCGGACGAGGGCGACGAGUGCGUGGCGUUCGAGAUAGCUCCAACAAUGAUCCCACACUACGUGGACGAGGACGACGAGUGCGUGACGCACAGCGAAAAUUAUUCGGGCGCCAGUGGCCAGGAAGGUGCAGCUUUAGACUCCGCUGGAAACUCGAGCCGUGGAGCAGGCCGGGCGAACGCGCGCAAUGCCACAGUUCCACGCUGCAGUUGA